UCCGGGCUGCUGGCCUUCUAGGCAGAGUUGCAAAGAAAAAGCCAUAUUUCAGACUGGCCAAUAAAAAUAAAAGCUUAAGAUGGGCAAAAGAACACAGACACUGGCAGAGGAAGACUAGAAAAGAGUGUUAGGGACAGACCAUUCUAAGUUGGAGGUGUUUCGGAUCUCGAAAAAACAUUUGUGAGAUGCAGAAAAAAUGAAAAGAUGCUGGAGGAGUGCUUGACGCCACCUGUCAAGCAUGGUGGAGGCAAUGUGAUGGUCUGGGGAUGCUUUGGUGAUGGUGAAGUGGGUUAUUUGUACAGGGUAAAUGUGAUCUUGAAGAAGGAAGGCUAUCACUCCAUUUUGCAACGCCCUGUGGACGGCGCUUAAUUGGAGCCAAUUUCCUCCUACAACAGGACAAUGACCGAAAGUACAGCUCCAAACUAUGCGAGAACUAUUUAGGGAAGAAGCUGUCAGCUGGUAUUCUGUCUAUAAUGGAGUGGCCAGCUAUGCUAUAUGGAAUUUGCUGUGCUACCUGGAACCAGUGCCCCUAGGAAGAAAAAAAUCACUCAUGGAAUAAUUGUUGGAAUGUCCCGCAGCCACAGUAGUGCAAAUAUGUGGUAGCACAAAGAAAGGAAAAUGGACUGCUUAUAAAGUAGCUAGGAUUCAUAGGCCCAAUCUUAAAAAUAAAAUGUUCUGGUGCUCCUAAACCCUGUAUGUUUUUAUUGCUGGCAAUUCUUAUAAUUUAAAAGGGCUUGCUGCAGUAGUAAAUACAUCACUUUUUGGACUUAAAUUAAUGAUGUAAACCCAUUGAUUAUUGAAGAAUAUCACUUUUAAAUGCCCCAUGAGCUUAGUUUAACUGUCGUACCACAUAAGAAGCCAAAAUAUAACAUGAGGUUUGUAAACAAGCUAAAUGUAAACAAACACUAUAUAGCCUCAAAACAUGGUUCAAACUGUCAUUUUGAUAUCAUGGAUGCAUCCGUCUAUGAAUUUGAGUGUGGUUACGUUUCUCCAGCCGCAUCUCUCAACCUUUUACAGAAACAGUGGUGCGGAUAAAUGCUUUGUUUCAACUGCGGAUUGCCACAUUAAAUAUUUUUCAUUGUGCUCCUACAUCUUUUUACUUAGAGCACAUUUGCUCCUUGUAAAAAAUGUCACUAGAGCCCUGCAUAAUCAAUAGAAAUGUAACUUAUUGCUGUCUGUCAGAUACUCACAUUUAUUGGCUGCAAUUGAGGUAUUUUGAUGUUAUGUUCAGCAGGUGUAGACUAGCCUAUAAUAUAACAGUAAAAUUCUGCCCUUUGGUGUUGAAAUUGUGCUGACAUCAUCCUGGUCCCCUCUCUCUUUAUGAUCCUGAAUGUGUGUGUGUGUGUGUCUCUCUCUCUCCUCUGCCACCAUACCUGCACUGCCUUCAGAUGGAGAGUUCUCCUGCCUGGCUAAAGAUGAAUUGGGGAACUUAAAUCUGGAGAGUUUCAUCAGGGAGUUUCCCCAGAACAGAUACAACUGUUCCUUUCAUCAGGGCACAGGAUUGAUCUCAGGAAACUUCUGUUACUCCUCCCCUCUCCCAGAACACCACUACCUGGCCACACCCACCAGCUGGACCUCUGACCGCCCCCCACGACCCAAGAGCCCCUGGGGCUGCCUAGACCCCUACACCUCUGAGGACCAGGACAGGGAGUAUGUAGGCUUUGCUACUCUGCCCAACCAGGUACACAGGAAGUCAGUAAAGAAGGGAUUUGAGUUCACUCUGAUGGUGGUAGGAGAGUCUGGUCUGGGUAAAUCUACACUAGUCAACAGUCUGUUCCUUACAGACCUCUACAAGGACAGGAAGGUGCUGAAUGCAGAGGAGAGGCUGGCUCAGACUGUGGGCAUCACUAAGAACACAGUGUGCAUCGAGGAGAAGGGAGUGAAGCUCAAACUCAACAUAGUGGACACACAAGGCUAUGGAGAUACCAUCAAUAAUACAGACAGCUAUAAGUGUGUUUCAGACUACAUUGACCAUCAGUUUGAGCAGUACCGCAGGGAUGAAAUCGGCCUGAACAGAAAGAACAUCCAGGAUAACAGAGUCCACUGCUGCCUCUACUUCAUCUCUCCCUUCGGACAUGGUCUGCGGCCAUUGGAUGUAGAGUGUAUGAGGGCUCUGCAGGACAAGGUCAACAUCAUCCCUGUUGUGGCCAAAUCUGAUGGUCUCACUUAUGAUGAGGUUAAGAAGAAGAAGAGCAGGAUCCUAAGUGAGAUAGAUAAGUACAGGUUAAAGAUCUACCAGUUCCCAGACUGUGACUCUGACUCUGACGAGGAGUUCAGGAGGCAGGACAUGGAGCUCAAGAGGAGUGUUCCGUUUGCAGUGAUCGGCAGUAACAUGGUGGUGGAUGUUAAUGGUCGGCGGAUCCGCGCCCGUCUCUACCCCUGGGGAGUGGUGGAAGUGGAGAACCCAUAUCACAGUGACUUUGUCCACCUGAGGAACAUGUUGGUGAGGACUCAUAUGCAGGACCUGAAGGACAUGACCCAUGACACACACUACGAGAGUUACAGAAAACAGUGGCUGUGCAAGAGCCAACACACUGAUGUGGAUUAUGACUUCUGCCACACAAUCUAAUCCAGGAGGCCUUUGGUGUUAAACAAAAGAUGAUACACUGCUUUCACUAUUGCUGGAAUAAAGUCACAAGCUAAAU